UCACAAGACCACUGCACUAAUGAUGUCCUGGCAUAAAAUAACCACAGAUGGGAAACAUUUGGAAAACACUGAGACCAAGAGCUUUACCAUCUGGGAAGGAAUUCGUACUUCACCUGCCAGUAGAUUUGUUCAAGAAAAUACCCUUGGUAAUCCAUUAGAGACUACUACGGUUUUACCUGUAGAAAUACAGCUUUCUACUUCUGUUAACUUGAACUUGGAGAAAAAUGGUGCUCUUCAGAUUGAUGCUGCUUCUAUGUCAGGAGAAACAUCUCUAAUUUGUAUCCAAGAAGUUGAGAAGUUAAAUGAGGCUUUUGACAUUUUGUUAGCUUUUUUCAUCUUAGCUUGUAUUUUAAUAAUCUUUUUAAUCUACAAACUUGUUCAGUUUAAGCAAAAACUAAAGACACCAGAAAACUCAGUUGAAAAUAGACUUGAAUAUUAUAGCUUUUAUCAGUCAGCAAGGUAUAAUGUAAAUACCUCAGUUUGUAACACCUCCCCAAAUUCUUUGGAAAGUGCUUGUUUGGAACAGAUCAGGCUUCAUAAACAAAUUGUUCCUGAAAAUGAAGCACAGGUCAUUCUCUUUGAACAUUCUGCUUUGUAAUUAAAGUAAAUAUUGGCUAUUUUAAAAAAAUCCUGUUGU